AUGCCCAUGUCGCAUCAAAGAGGAAACCCGGGGGGGCAGGACACGGCGUUGGCAACGGCAACCCCACCACCGAGAUCCCCUUCGGCGCAAUACCGCCCGAACUCAACACCACAUCCCCCCCCCUGGGUACCGGUCCCACCGCUGCACCGGCAUCCGGAGGGGGAAGCCGUCCUACAAAGACGCGGACCGCCCAGGACUUCACUUCCGACCCCACGACGACGACAACCCACGUCAAAUGUCAUGCCGCCCCCGACACUCCAUCCCGCCGAGGUAUCCAGACACAACCGCCUCGACGAUCUCUGGCUCGUCAUUGACGGCCACGUCUACGACUUCUCUGCCUUCGUCCGCGAGCACCCCGGGGGUAUCGCUGUGAUCCUUCAGUGUGCCGGCAAGGACGCUACCGACGUCUACUCUGAGGUCCACGGCCCCAAUCUCGUCCGAUCCACGCUUCCUCCGGACUGCCAUAAGGGCGUCCUGGCCCCCGGCGCCGUCUUGGCGAAGCCUCGACAGCAUAGUUUCCAGCAGCAGCAGCAGCAGAGGCAACAUCAGCAACAGAAACCCCAAGAAACCAUGGCCGGUGCUAGGCGGGCCCUCGAGUCCCUCCCCUCCAAACCGCCCCUCGACACCCUCAUAUCCGCCCACGACUUCGAACAGGCCGCGUCGGCCUCCCUCUCCCCCAAAGCCUGGGCCUUUGUCUCCUCCGCCGCGACGGACCUGCACACCAAGGCCCGCAACGCGUCGGCCUACUCCCUCAUCGGCCUGCGCCCGCGCGUCCUCGUCGACGUCGCCGCUGUCUCUACCUCUACCACCAUGCUCGGCCACCCCAUGCGCUCCCCCAUCUUCUGCCCCCCGACCGCCAUGGCCCGCCUCGUCCACCCGGAUGGCGAGAAGGAGCUCGCCCGCGCCUGCAGGUCCGCCGGCGUCCCGCAGUGCGUCUCCGUCUCCGCCUCCUUUCCCCUGGACGAGAUCCUCGCCGCCCAGGCCGCCCACCAGCCCGCCACCCCCUACGACGUGCCUGUCUUCUUCCAGCUGUACGUCGACAAGGACCGCGCCAACUCGGAGCGCCUGCUCCGCUCCGCCCAAGCCCAGGGCGUCAAGGCCCUCUUUCUGACCGUCGACGCCCCGAUUCCCGGCAAGCGCGAGGCCGACGAGCGCGUGCGCUCCGACGAGUCCCUCGGCUCGCCCAUCUCUGGCGCGCGCGCCGUCAACGACGCCAAAGGCGGCGCCCUGGGCCGCAUCAUGGGCAGCUACAUUGACGCCUCGGUGAAUUGGUCCGACAUCGCCUGGCUUCGCCGCACCGUGCCGGGCCUGCCCAUCGUCCUUAAGGGUGUACAGACGUGGAUGGACGCCGAACGCGCCGUUGAGGCUGGCGUCGAGGCCAUCGUACUCUCCAACCACGGCGGCCGGAGCCUCGACACGUCGCCUGCCACCGUCACGGUGCUACUGGAACUGCAGAAGAACUGUCCGCACGUCUUUGACAGGCUGGAGGUGUACGUCGACGGCGGCGUCUCGCGCGGGACCGACAUUUUCAAGGCGCUGUGCCUGGGCGCCAAGGCCGUUGGCGUCGGCAGGGGGUUGUUGUACGGGCUUAACUACGGCGCCGAGGGCGUCGAGCGCUUUAUCGAGAUUCUGCGAGACGAGCUGGAAACGACCAUGAAGAUGUGCGGUGUCACGAGCCUCGACCAGGUUCACCCGGGCUUUCUCAACACGCUGGCCGUGGACCACCUGAUCCCUGGACGACAGCACAAUCCAAACACGCCCUGGCGCCGUGACAGGCAUAGCCGGUUGUGAACUUUGGGCAUCGAAAGCGCAUGAGAUGAUGCACCCGGAGAGUGGGGAGGGAAUAGAUGCGUCCUCGGUUUGAAACUCAAUU